AUGCAGUGGCUGCACAAAAUAUUGACGCUGGCAAUAAUUUGCGCAGCUGUGGAGGCGGAGGAGUGUCCUUCUACUUGCGUAUUAUGCACAUCAACGAAAUUGGGGUGCUCUGGCACUAGGAUCCCUGAUAAUAAGCUGUCUAGAACCGCCAUUUAUAACUAUGGGCCCCAGCUCCAAGAGAUAACUUGGACGAGUUCAAAUAUAAGCGCCAUAGAAAUUGACGUUUUUGACGGUCUACAAAAUAUUGAAUACAUCGAUCUAAGUAGAAACGAAAUCAAGAGAACUGAACACGGACUAUUCGCGAGACUGAGUCGUUUAAAAUAUUUAAACCUAUCCAGAAACCAUAUAGACGACAUUCGUAGAUUCACUUUCGUAGAUUUAGAAAACUUAGAAGUUCUAGAUGUGUCCAACAAUAGACUUCAAGCGGUACCAUUCCAGGUCUUCGGGCCGAUGAUAAGAUUGCAGUAUUUGGAUAUAUCUCAUAAUAAAAUUGCUACUUUCUUAGAUUACUAUUUUAAGCCCAAUCGUCAACUAAAAACUCUGUUCCUAAACAAUAAUAGCCUAGUCAAAAUUACAUCUAAUGCUCUAGUCAAUCUAAAGGAAUUGGAGACGCUCGAUAUUUCCAGCAACAAGUUGGACUAUAUUCCUAAAGCUUUAUUCGAUAAUUUAGAACAACUGAGGGAACUCGAUAUUAGUUACAACAAUUUUCAAAACAUAUCACAAGAUUCUUUUAAGAAUCUCAAUAAAUUAAAAACUCUUAAUAUGGGCGCAAAUAGACUGAAAAUGUUGCCCGCAAUGCUCUUCCAACAUAACGAAAAUUUGAUAACGCUCUACCUCGAUCACACUGAAGUUACUGUUUUACAGAACACUAAUUUUAAAGGAUUACACAAUCUGCAACGUCUGUAUAUUAGAAACAACCAAUUGUUACGUGAAAUAGAGGCAUUUGUGUUACAAGAUACGCCGUCUUUGACUCAUCUGGAUAUAAGUGCGAAUGCUCUAACGUUCCUUCCGCUAUCUUUAAAGAUGCUAGAUAAAUUACAAGAGUUAAGAAUAGGUAACAACCCGUGGGCGUGCGACUGUCGCAUGGCGUGGUUUGUGAAUUGGGUGGAAAGAAGGAAAGACGACAUCGUUAAGUCGGACUUGAGUUGUAGACUAGCAUAUCCGAAUGACAUGCUGACGGUUUUAAAUAAUACUGAUUGUGAACCGCCAACUCUCAUCGAAAGUAGCCCAUUAACGUUGCAUAGAUUACGAACGGAUGCGUUGUUGGAAUGCAAGUUUGCUGGCAAUCCGGCGCCUUCUAUCACAUGGAUAACUCCUACGAGGGAAGUGUACCAUUGGAACCCAGAACCCUCGCUACCGGAUAUAUUUUAUAAGCACGGUGUCGCCCAUGAUCAGUAUUAUCGCCCCAUAGAUUACAGUAAAUCGAGAGUGAAAUUAAAAGAUGGGUCAUUAUUCAUAGAAGAUAUUCACCGAGAGGACAGUGGCACCUACAUAUGCUUUGCGUCAAAUCCUUCGGCUAACCUCACCGUGGAAGUUGUUCUAAACAUAGAUCCUAUGACUAUGUUUGAAAUAAAAAUGUACAGUUUGUUAUGUGGAGCUAUAUGUGCGGCGAGUUUUCUGGGCCUCACUUUACUUGUGCAAGCUAUGCGAUACAUAUUCCACAAAUUUCGUAUACUGGAAACUUGCUGCAGUUGUUGUACUUGUGUCAAUCGCGAUGCGCCUCGUACACGGCAGAUAUACAGCAUGUUGGACAACAUCGAACAAUAUAAAAGGCAACAAUUGGAAAAACUUAGAGAAAAUUAUGCAGUCCAAGUUCAUCGUAUCAAAGAGAACUGCACUCAGCAAAUGGAGUGGAUUCAAAGUAGCUACUCGAGUCAAGCGGCUCAUCUACGCAACAUCAGAGACAUCGGCACUAACCAUUUGACAGCUAUGAAAGAUCAAUAUUAUGAUCAGGUGAAACGUGUCCGUGAAUACUCGACGUCACAGCUGAAUUGGGUGCGAGAGAACUAUGUAUUUCAACGGAAUAAAAUAAGAAAAUUCAGCGCGCACCAAAUACUACGGUUGCGCGAGUCGUACAAAUACCAGCAACAAACACUGAACAAAGUUCUAGAAAAUUUACCAAGCUUAUACUUCGAAAACUGUCGUAGCGGAUCGUGCGGACAGAGCGACUCUAUGGCGUUCGACCCAGACGUCGAAGUAAUAGACAUGUAUUUGAAAACCAAAAUUGAGAAGCUGGCCCAGCUACCGAAUCCUAUAUUCGACGAUGACAGUAAAAUAUCGGUAUACUACACGCCGACGGAGAGGUCUGUGAAUUCGCGUCGCAACUCGCCUAUCAACAUUCCCGACGGGAUCCACAUAAACAUGAUAGAGAGGAGCGGGCCCCCGCGGCUGAUGGCGAUGAUAAAGCCACUACAGCCAGCGCCGCCACCCAGCGAGGCGCCCACGCCCUCGGGGUCGCAAUCGCCCUCGCGGAUCGGGCACUGCAGCAAGCGGUACAGGGAAGAGGCCAAGCCAUCCAGCCAACCCUUGCUCGGCCACCGGGACGUGUUGCGGGACAGGAGGAACUUGUCAGCGAGCAUCAGCUCGCCUGAGUUGUGCCGGGACGUGGAGCGCGAGGGCGCGAGCGGUGACACGGAAGCCCGACAUAAAAACCGUGUGCUGCUCGCGGUGGAGCUGGCGCAGCCCGAGUGCCAGGUGCGCCACGCCGCGGGGCAGCUGGUGUGCGGGGAGUGCGCGAGACUGUGCGAGAACACGCCCUUG